AGUAAUAAAGAAGACCAAAUUUUGAUAUAAAUAAAUAAAUAAAAAUUCUUUGUUUUAUGUUAUAUAUAAGUGUAUUGGUAUAUAAUAGGAACUGAGUUAGUAAGUGAAGACUGACCCAGGCGUGUCUUGUUUACAUGUCCGCGUGAGCCUUUACAUCACACGCCGCCCGCACAGACCUGCCUCACCGCCGCCCUCACCGCUGCCCCCCUCACCACACCCACAGAGACCUCCAUUGCUGAGUCAUGGCAGACAAGUUGAAUGACCUGCUGGGAAGGCUGGGCAAGGGUCCCCGAGGGAUGGGCACCGGCCUCAAGCUGCUGGCGGCGGCUGGUGCUGCUGUCUAUGGCAUCUCCCAGUCCAUGUACACAGUGGAUGGUGGUCACCGUGCUAUCAUCUUCAGCCGAAUUGGUGGCAUUCAGUCAGAUAUCUUCUCUGAGGGUCUUCACUUCAGGAUUCCUUGGUUCCAGUACCCAGUUAUCUAUGACAUCAGGGCCCGACCAAGGAAGAUCACCUCCCCCACCGGUAGCAAAGACCUGCAGAUGGUGAACAUUUCCCUGCGAGUGCUGUCCAGGCCCAUCAGCAGCUCCAUCCCCGUCAUACACCAGACACUUGGCCUGGACUUUGACGAGAAGGUGCUGCCUUCAAUCAUCAAUGAGGUGCUGAAGUCAGUGGUGGCAAAGUUCAAUGCUGCCCAGCUGAUCACUAUGAGACAGGAGGUGUCCCUCAUGAUCCGCCGGGACCUCACCCAGCGGGCUGAGGACUUCAACAUCAUCCUGGACGACGUGUCCAUCACUGAGUUGAGUUUUGGACGGGAGUACACCUCGGCUGUUGAGUCCAAGCAGGUGGCACAGCAGGAGGCACAGCGGGCGUCCUUCGUGGUGGAGCGAGCCCGGCAGGAGAGGCAGCAGAAGAUUGUGCAGGCCGAGGGUGAAGCCCAGGCAGCAACUCUUCUUGGGAAUGCUCUCACCCUCAACCCAGGCUACCUCAAGCUGCGCAAGAUCAAGGCUGCUGUCAACAUUGGCAAGACCAUCUCCCAGGCACAGAACCGAGUGUACCUGGGUGCCGACACACUCAUGCUGAACAUCAAUGACACAGCGUUCGAUGCCAACACCACCAAGCUCAACCCCACCAAGUAAGAGAGGCAGCAGGAGUUAAACAGAGGAGACCCUAUGCCAUCCUGUGCUUCCCUGUUUACUCUGGCCACACUGAGCAGCUGGAGUGAGAUCAUGGCAGGUGGUUAUGGUGUCUUGACAUUCUCUGAGGGUUUGUUACCUGGUGAAGUGGCUACAUUGGGUCAUUUCUGUAUAAUUGGUGGCCAUUCAUACAGUUAGUUAUUUUGUUCGUGGGUAUUAUUAGUUUUCUGCUACCUAUCAUUUAACUAUAUACCUAUAUCCUCGUUUUUUUUUUUCACCAGUGUCCAGCAGAAUUUUUAGUAUACUGAUUCUGAUGUUUUCUACUUGAUGUUUAUUGAUUUCUGCAAUAUUCCAGUGUUUAUUAGAGUUACUUUUAGAGGCAUUGUACAGUACUGAUGUUUGGUCAAUGAAAUGUAAAUAGAACUUU